UCCCUAGGAGGAGGAGAGGGAGGAGGGAGAGGUGUAGGUCCUCGUAGUGCGCAGGCGCACGGGUUGGAAGGCAGCCGGGCCCCUCCUCUGCCCUGCCACUGGUUAACAGCGAGACAGGCCGUCUCCGCUCCCUCCUCCUCCCCCGGAACCGGCGGGGGCAGCAACACCAGAAGGAGGGGGCAGGAACAACACCGCAGGGAACUGAACGGGAAGCCGACAUGAGGCAAGAGACCAGCCGGCCUCGGCGAUAGACCUGUAUAGUACCAAUUAUUUGCAAACAUGGUGCAGAAAUACCAAUCUCCCGUGAGGAUCUAUAAGCGCCCCUUUGAGUUAAUUAUGGCUGCUUAUGAAAAAAGAUUUCCUACAUGCCCCCUCAUUCCCAUGUUUGUAGGCAGUGAUACUGUGAAUGAAUACAAGAGUGAUGACAAGGCUAUCCAUAUAAUUGAAAGGCGCUGUAAACUGGAUGUAGAUGCACCACGACUCCUGAAAAAGAUUGCAGGAGUUGAUUAUGUUUACUUUAUUCAAAAGAACUCCUUGAACAGAAGAGACCGCACUUUACACAUAGAGGCCUAUAAUGAAACUUUCUCAAAUAGAGUUGUCAUUAGUGAACACUGCUGUUACACAGUGCACCCAGACAAUGAAGACUGGACAUGUUUUGAGCAGUCUGCAAGCCUUGAUAUUAAAUCUUUCUUUGGAUUUGAAAGCACAGUAGAAAAGAUUGCCAUGAAACAAUACACCAGCAAUAUUAAAAAGGGCAAAGAAAUAAUCGAGUACUACCUGAAGGAGCUAGAAGAAGAAGGAACAACAUUUUUUCCUCGUUGGUCUUCCCCUGCUAAAUUUACAUUUGAACAUGGUGCAUCUCAUGUAAGGAGGCCACUGUCCCCUCCAAUCAACAUACCUGAAACCACCAUUAAGGAGGGAGUAAGCCCUAAGGAAAUGAACACUUGCAACAGUGCUUCAGAGCCCACAGCUGGAACCCCUGAUGACAAGCUAGAUGCAGACUACAUCAAGAGGUAUUUGGGAGACUUGACACCACUUCAGGAAAGCUGUCUCAUCAGGCUUCGACAGUGGCUCCAGGAAACGCACAAAGGCAAAAUCCCAAAGGAUGAGCAUAUCUUAAGAUUCUUGCGCGCUAGAGAUUUCAACAUUGAUAAAGCCAGAGAGAUCCUGUGCCAGUCAUUAACAUGGCGCAAACAGCACCAGGUGGACUAUAUUCUGGAUACUUGGAACCCUCCUCAAGUACUGCAGGAUUAUUAUGCAGGAGGCUGGCACCACCAUGACAAAGAUGGGCGUCCACUGUAUGUGCUGAGACUUGGUCAGAUGGAUACCAAAGGCCUGGUGCGAGCUCUUGGGGAAGAAGCCUUGCUUCGCUAUGUUCUCUCAAUAAAUGAAGAAGGUCUGAGAAGGUGCAAAGAAAAUACAAAAGUGUUUGGAAGACCUAUAAGCUGCUGGACCUGUUUGGUGGAUCUGGAGGGCCUGAAUAUGCGGCACUUAUGGAGACCUGGUGUCAAGGCUUUGCUAAGAAUCAUUGAGGUAGUUGAAGCCAAUUAUCCAGAAACAUUGGGGCGCCUUCUCAUACUGCGAGCUCCCAGGGUGUUUCCAGUCCUUUGGACACUGGUUAGUCCAUUCAUUGAUGACAACACACGAAAAAAAUUCCUGAUUUAUGCUGGCAAUGACUAUCAAGGUUCUGGUGGGCUGUUGGAUUAUAUUGACAAAGAAAUUAUUCCAGAUUUUCUUGGUGGAGAGUGCAUGUGUGAAGUUCCAGAGGGUGGGCUGGUUCCCAAAUCUCUGUACCGGACAGCAGAAGAACUGGAAAAUGAAGAUAUAAAGUUGUGGACAGAAACCAUCUACCAGUCUGCAAGUGUCUUCAAAGGAGCUCCCCAUGAGAUCUUUAUUCAGAUUGUGGAAGCUUCCUCUGUGAUCACCUGGGAUUUUGAUGUUUGUAAAGGUGACAUUGUGUUUAACAUCUAUCACUCCAAGAGAGCCCCACAGCAGCCUAAAAAGGACUCCCUGGGGGCCCACAGCAUUACCUCUCCUGGUGGCAAUAAUGUGCAGCUGAUAGACAAAGCCUGGCAACUGGGGCGAGACUACAGUAUGGUGGAGUCUCCACUUACCUGUAAGGAAGGGGAGAGUGUGCAGGGGUCCCAUGUGACUAGAUGGCCUGGUUUCUACAUUCUCCAGUGGAAGUUUCACAGCAUGCCUGCUUGUGCUACAACCAGCCUGCCUCGUGUGGAUGACGUCCUGGCAUCUCUACAGGUCUCAUCUCAUAAGUGCAAAGUGAUGUACUACACAGAAGUAAUUGGGUCAGAAGAUUUCAGAGGGUCCAUGAGCAGCCUUGAAUCAAGUCAUAGUGGAUUUUCUCAGCUCAGUGCUGCUACAACCUCUUCUGGCCAGUCCCACUCCAGCUCCAUGAUUUCCAGAUGGCGAUUUUGCUGACAGCUGUAAAGAAACCGCUUCACUCAACAAUCCACAUCAGCCCAGAGAUGUCUGGCUUUGUAGAACUUUUUUGAGUUGCAGCCACUUCUGUUUGAAGAUCUAUUAAGUUUGCUCAGAAGUGUCCUAUUGGCAUACUUUUCUCUAGAAGUCUAAUGCAUCUUUCAGAGCUCAAAGCACAAACACAUGAGGGGGUCCAUGCAUCACAAAAAGCAAGACUUUUUUUUAGUGGAGUGCCAUGGCAACUAUGACCCAACUAAUCCUCUUCUAUAUAUAGUGUGUGAUCUUAUCUCUGUUAUUUUGCUGUCCCUCCUUCCUGCCAGAACUGAUAAUUCUGCUGGUCCUUCUUUCACUAAACUUAAAUUUUAACAACUUUGCACCUCCUCUGUGUUCAUGAACUUCACAUCAAUUUCUGUAAAUGUUUUGUAACAUAUUACCUCUACCUUGGUAAUAAGAUAACAGUCUUUAAAAGAUUUUUUUUAUUUGUAUCGAUAAAUAAAUGUGAACUGUUUGGGGGUAAAAAGUAUG